AGCGAAGUUCGCUUGAAGUCAAGUUAACUUGACCUACUGAAUUGAAGUGUAUUCACUACACUCAUUCUUCUGUGGGAUACUGUUGCUGUAGGGGAGACAUUGAAUUGUUUUCUCCCACAAAGGGUACGUGACUUUUCUCGUCGCUGGCUGUCCCCUCCCUGCGACCGGGUAUAAAUAUCCGUGUCUUUGCCACCUCGGUCGCAACUUGACUUCUUCAACCUCACACAGCGCUGCAUUGCCUUGCCUUGCCUGCCUGUCUUCCUGAACUGACUGAGAUCUUAUCUGGUGCAGACUCUGUCAUCCAUUAACUCUCAUCACUUCUUCACUUCUUCAGCGUCGGCUGGUCUACGGCUCGAGUAUUUCUUCACUCGUCGCGAUGGAUUCUCUCACAACUCAUCCUGCCACUGCGCAGCAGGCCCGGGCCUUCACUUCUCCUGCCUCUCUGUCCUUUCCUGGUGGUGCUGGUGAUCUCACGCCACCUUCCGAAAAAGAUGCACACAUGGCAAUGGCCCAGGGAGGUUUAAAUGGUCAGCAGCAGGGAGCAAAUGCCUCGAACGGCAACGGGGUGGCGCCCGCAACUCCUGCUGCUACUCCUGGUGCGAACACUCCGGGCAGCGGCAUUGUGCCUACCUUGCAGUGAGUAUAUUCUUGCUGUUCUCGUUCUCCUGGUUUAUCCAGAUUGCUGAACAAGAAUUUUUUUUCCGUGCAAAAGAAACAUCGUCGCUACGGUCAAUCUUGACUGUCGACUGGACCUGAAGACGAUUGCGCUUCACGCAAGAAAUGCGGAGUACAACCCUAAGGUAUUACUUCCCACACCUCCCUGAGCGUGAAAUGUCAGGGGAUUGUGUGGCUGAACUGGUCUUUCUUUCUUCAUAGCGUUUCGCGGCCGUGAUCAUGCGUAUCCGAGAGCCGAAGACGACUGCUUUGAUCUUCGCCUCUGGCAAGAUGGUGGUCACUGGUGCCAAAUCGGAAGAUGAUUCCAAGCUGGCGUCCAGGAAGUACGCGC